AGAGGCUGAAAAUUGGGAAGGGAACAUCAGGUCGUGGGUACCGCUCCUGGGCGAAUGCGCCGAGGCGCGACCGAGUGACGGUAUGUCAAGAGCAGGUUGAUGACCCGGGAGCGAGGCUCUUGGAGGAGUCCAGCUGGUGCUGCACGAUGAUCCAUGCACAACCUUCUGAGGUCAGGACUGAUUUUUACUUCUCCCGGCUCUACAGAGGUGGAAACUGAGGCUCCAAGAGGUUGUCAUUUGCCCAGAGCCACCAGCUAAGCGGGACUUGAAUCAGGGAAGGGGUGCAGCAGGCACCAGUGUGGAGGGCGGUCCCACCCACCUCCUCCACUUCUCCCUUUGCAUAGCGGGGGAAACAGGCCUGGAACAGUCAUAGGCUCUCUGGCCCUCAACUGGGGCGAGAGUCCCCCGCCCCAAAUCGGGCUGGACAUGCCUCGAGUCACGUCAACGAGGGGCGGCUGGUGAGCGAUUAAGCCGAGAGGCUGAAGGCUCUGCUAGGUGACCUCAGGCCUGGGCCCUGCCUCUGGACCUCUUUUUUCCCUCUUUACCCCCGGGGUCCGCGAGAGACCAGCUCUGGCAGCCUAAGGGCUUCAGUUUCUCCCCGGGAUCCGCGAGGGAAGGGGGCAGCCGGCGGUGUGCAGGGGCGUUUGUUAUUUUGCUCCACGCCUGGGCAGAGCCACGCCCCUUGUCGCGCUAUUGGUGGAAUCCCUUCCUGGGGCGGGGGAGAGACGGUGACCCCACCCCCCCGCCCUGCCGUAUAAAAGCGGCGCCGACGCACGGCGCGGGGAUUUUCUGCUCCGGUUGGUGAGCGCGCCUGCGCGUUGACGGCGAUUUUGCGUUCUGAGGCUGCAGCGUCGGCAUCUUGAGCUGCCGGUUCGCGAGUUCGAGGCCAGGUUCCGCGUGUCGUGGGUUCGCACCCCGGACGCGAUGCUAUUCGACAAGGUGAAAGCGUUCUCGGUGCAGUUGGACGGUGCGACCGCGGGCGUCGAGCCCGUGUUUAGCGGCGGCCAGGCCGUGGCGGGCCGGGUGCUGCUGGAGCUGGCAAGCGCCGCGCGCGUGGGUGCUCUGAGGCUGCGCGCGCGGGGCCGCGCCCACGUGCACUGGACCGAGUCGCGCAGCGCGGGCUCGAGCACGGCUUACACGCAGAGCUACAGUGAACGCGUGGAGGUCGUGAGCCACCGCGCCACGCUCCUGGCGCCAGAUACCGGGGAGACCACGACGCUGCCUCCUGGGCGCCAUGAGUUCCUGUUCAGCUUCCAGCUGCCCCCGACCCUGGUGACAUCCUUCGAGGGCAAACACGGUAGUGUCCGCUACUGUAUCAAGGCCACCCUGCACCGGCCCUGGGUCCCAGCACGCCGGGCAAGGAAGGUGUUCACUGUCAUCGAGCCUGUGGACAUCAACACGCCAGCCCUGCUGAUAGUUCCUGGAUUGUUAAAAAGAAACCAAGCCCUGCCCAAAGUCCUCCCUCAGCUGGGGGUGGUUUGGAAGCUCCACAGCGACUGUGGUUUGCACAAAGUGACUCAUCCAUGUCACUUUCCUCUACACCGACAGGCACCUCAAGCGGGGGCUCGGGAAAAGGUUGCCCGAUCCUGGUACUGUAACCGUGGCCUAGUCUCCCUUUCGGCUAAGAUCGACCGCAAGGGCUACACCCCAGGAGAGGUCAUCCCUGUCUUUGCCGAGAUCGACAACGGCUCCACACGUCCUGUGCUGCCUCGGGCAGCCGUGGUGCAGACACAGACGUUCAUGGCCCGAGGCGCCCGAAAGCAGAAACGGGCAGUGGUGGCCAGCCUCGCGGGCGAGCCGGUGGGCCCCGGGCAGCGGGCGCUGUGGCAGGGCCGGGCACUGCGGAUCCCCCCAGUGGGUCCUUCCAUCCUGCACUGCCGCGUUCUACACGUGGACUACGCACUCAAGGUCUGUGUGGAUAUCCCAGGAACGUCCAAGCUGCUGCUGGAGCUGCCACUGGUGAUCGGUACCAUUCCCUUGCACCCUUUUGGCAGCCGUUCCUCCAGCGUGGGCAGCCACGCCAGCUUCCUGCUGGACUGGAGGCUGGGGGCCUUGCCGGAGCGGCCUGAGGCUCCUCCUGAGUACUCAGAGGUGGUAGCCGACACCGAGGAGGCAGCCUUGGGGCAGAGCCCCUUCCCGCUUCCGCAGGACCCCGACAUGAGCCUUGAAGGCCCGUUCUUCACCUACAUCCAAGAGUUCCGCUACCGCCCGCCACCCCUGUACUCUGAGGAGGAUCCAAACCCACCCUUGGGGGACAUGAGGCCGCGCUGCAUGACUUGCUGAACGGCACAGGGACCCCUCGAGGAACGAGGCUGCACACCAGCUUUCAGCCACCAUGACUGUGGGGAGCGGCUGGACCAAGGGCUGACCUCCCCGACUGCAUCAAAGUUGGGGAACCAAGUCUCAGAGUGAGGCGGGGGCCUUUCGGAUAUCACAUGGGACAGAGGAAGAGCCUGGCUGGAAUCUGACUUAUCUGGACCGCUGUUCUUGUGAGGCAUUGAAUGCCCAGUGCGGUAUCCGAGAGACUGUUUAAUAACCUGUCUUCCCAGCCUGUUGGUGGUGCUGGAAUCCCCUAGGAGCCUUCAGUCUGGGAGAAACAGAGCCAGACAUAGACAGUUCCAGCAUCACAGAACCAGAAGAAGAGACCUGCAACUGUGAGAGUCCAGACAGGAAGCAGAGAAGGCGUCCUUGCGGAAAGGGCAUUUUAGCUGAGGCUUUGGAGUACGAAUAGGAGCUCAGCAGGCAGACGAAUGAGGAAGAAAGGUCAGAGAAGGUCAGAGCUGAGUGACGUUUGGAAUCCACCCCGUUUAUUGUAGGAUUGGGGGUUCAGAGGGCAGGUGCCUCAGAGUUGAGGCCACACAGUGAGGUCUGGUGGGUGAAAGGACCCAGGAAUGAGGCGUUCAGGAAAGCAGGUUGUCAGAGCUAUGUGGAGUCUGUGGGUGGCAGGGGCAGCCGCUCCAGCCUUUGAAGACUUUGAAAGCCAGAGAUUCCUGGCGCAGGCUUGGACUUCCUGGGAGCUCCUCCAAGUACCCAGGGGCAUCAGAGCUGCCUGGGUGUUACAUGGCCCAGGGAACCCAGGUUCAGGGUAGGACAGGCAAGACCAGAUACCUAAUGUGCAAAGUGAAAACACUGGGCUCCCUAGUAAAUGAUGAAGAAUUCAAGACAGUGACAGCAUUACGUCACCCUUGGGGACAGAGGUCAGCCUAAGGUGACACACGGGGACUACUGUGCUUCUGGAGGCUCCCUGUGUCCUGGGAGGAGAAGAGCAUUAGAGGGGGCAGCUGGACAAGCUCCCAACUGCAGAGUCCCAGCCCUGGCUGGGGCAGGGCCCUGGCCUGGGACUCAGCAUUUCUGAUAUGCCUUAAGAAUUCAUUCUGUUUUGUACAAUUAUUUUUUAAAAGUAAACGUGUGGAGAAAGAA